AUGGAAUCAAACAUUAGCCUCCGAUUGAUGACCGAUCGUGAAGAAGAUGAAGCGCCUCCGACUCAUGAUGGGACCGGAGAAAAUGAAGAAUCGCGGCUAAUCCCAGUGCUCCAACGUCGAUUGAUAGCGAUGAGGGAGCUCAUCGGUGGGUAUAACGUGGUCGUCAACCAUGGAACAGGUGAGCGAACGGGAUGGAAGGCGAUGAUGAAAGGGGGUUCUUUUGGGAAGAAAAAAGGAUCUUCCCAGAGCCAAGAUCACGACUUUGCACAGUUGAUCUUUUCAUGGUCUCUUGACGACAUUCUCAAUGACAACCUUUAUGAACACCAGGUGGAGAAAAUACCACUAACAUUCCAGUCUGAAGAACACUACUUUCGUUCUUUUGUGUAUCCUUUGCUCGAGGAAACACGUACUGAACUGGCUUCAAGUGUAAAUCUGAUGGAUAGAGCUCCACGUGGUGAAGUUUCUUCAUUUAGGAUGGCGAAAGGUAAAGAGAAGAUGAUGUAUGAUGUAACUGUUGGUAAUUGGAGAAACAGUGAACGCCCAAAAGAAUCUUAUCGGACUUUACCUGGUGAUCUGCUUAUUUUAACAAAUGGGGAACCCGGAUCUGUUUUUGAUUUGCAGAGUGUGGGUAGUACAUGGGCUUUUUUAUUAGUAAAUAACACAGAGGAUGAUGAUAGUGGUACACCCGUACAGUUUAAAGUCGCUGCAUCACAAAAGAUCGAACUUCAUGAUCGGAUGUCUGUUAUUUUCUUGAUGAAUAUAACAACCCAGAAAAGAAUCUGGAAUUCAUUGCACAAGCAUGCGAAUCUUGAUAUUAUCAAAGAGAUUCUUUACCCUGAUUCAGUGGUUAACGAGAAGUGUGAUAUGUGUUCAUUAGUUUGCAAUAGUUCUCUCCAAAGAUUCGAUCAAAGUCUUGUAUCUAAACUGAAUGAAUCCCAGAAAGCAGCUAUUAUGGCUUCGAUUGGUAAAGUGGAAUGUUGCCAUAAAUCCUCUGUGGAACAAAUAUGGGGACCCCCUGGAACAGGGAAAACGAUGACAGUAAGUGUGAUGCUCUUUAUCUUCUUGCAAAUGAAGUGCAGGACACUUACAUGUGCUCCAACGAAUGUUGCCACAGUAGCAGUAGCCUCACGUGUUCUAAGCUUGGUAAAGGAAUCAUCUAAAACUAUAACUGCAAGUGGUGAUUCGUUUUGUUCCAUUGGAGAUUUGCUCUUGUUUGGCAACAAGGAGAGGUUGAAAGUUGGAACAGAGAUUGAAGAAAUCUAUCUGGAUCAUCGAAUUGAGAGGCUUACAGAGUGCCUUGGAUCUCUGUCUGAAAAUGAAUCGUUCAAGGAAGAACAACUUACAGAUGAAAACAAAAGUAAAACCAACAAAAGCAUGAAAGUCAAAUCAUUCAUGGAGUUUGUGCGAGAACGAUUCAGUUCUUUUGUACAACCACUCAAAAGGUGCAUUAUCACAUUCUGUACUCAUAUCCCAAGAAGUUUCAUGAAGCAAGAAAAUUUCCAAACUAUGGUCUCUCUUUUGGAUAAUUUAAGCUCUUUGGAAUCUUUGUUGUCUAAAAAGAAUCUGGUUUCGGAUGAACUUGAGCACCUUUUCGUUUCUAAACCUUUGGAAGAUGAUUUUGUCAACUCAGGACACAUGUCAUCGAUCAAUUCUGUCAGAAUCAUGUCCCUUUCUCUUUUAAAAACUCUGCAGACAUCUCUUGGAGGACUCAAGCUUCCAAAUGGUUCCAGAGAUGCAAUAACACGGUUUUGUUAUGAAAGAGCUUCUCUUAUAUUCUGCACACCUUCUACUUCCUUUAAGCUGCAGAAAUUCAAAAUUGAACCUUUGAAGUUACUGGUUAUAGAUGAAGCUGCUCAGAUGAAAGAGUCUGAAGCCAUCAUUCCCCUUCAAAUUCCUGGAAUGAGGCAUGCUAUUCUCAUUGGAGAUGAGUGCCAGUUACCUGCAACGGUUAAAAGCAGUGUUUCUAGUGAAUGUGGCUUGGGAAGAAGCUUAUUUGAAAGAUUGAGUUUAUUGGGUCAUUCUAAGCAUCUACUGAAUGUUCAAUACAGAAUGCAUCCUACAAUAAGUUCCUUCCCAAAUAGGCAGUUUUAUCAAAACAAAAUUCUGGAUGCAGAAAAUGUGACAUGUAAAAGCUAUGGAAGGCAAUAUCUUUCAGGACCGAUGUUUGGUUCGUAUUCAUUUAUAAAUAUUGUUGGAGGAAGAGAAGAAGGGGAUGAUGUCGGGAGCAAAAGAAACAUGGUUGAGGUGUCUAUUGUGGUUAAGAUAGUGCAGAAACUCUAUGAAGAAUGGAAAAAGUCUAAGAAAAAGGGUGGAGAAGAAGAUAUCAUUAUUUUAUCUACUGUAAGAUCGAAUAGCCAUGGGAAUGUCGGAUUCACUUCUAGUCAUCAAAGGACUAAUGUUGCAUUGACCAGAGCACGGCAUUGUCUCUGGAUAUUGGGAAACGAAAGAACCCUGGCUCGUAGUGACUCGAUAUGGAAAGAUUUAGUGUUUGAUGCAAGGAAUCGUCGUUGUUUGUUUGAUGCUGAUGCUGAUAAAUGCUUGAAGAAGAUAAUAAUAGAUGUAAAGCAAGGGCUAGAACCUCUUAACGAUAUGGUUAAGGGGAAUAGCUUACUUCUUAAACAUGUCAAAUGGAAGAUUCUCUUCAGCGAUAAUUUCAGAAAAUCUUUUGGAAAACUGAUGGAUUCUCGCAUGAAGAAUGUAUUUGUAGAUUUUCUACAGAAACUCUCUGGUGGAUGGCGUCCCAAUGAUGGAAACACAGACUUAAAGGUUUUGAAAAUAUAUAAGGUUGAAGGGCUCCAUGUUGUUUGCACAAUUGAUAUCAUCAAGGAGUUGAAGUACAUACAGGUUUUAAGGAUCUGGGAUAUACUACCUUUGAAGGAGAUUCCAAAAUUGAGAAAAGAACUUGACAGCAUUUUUGCUACAUACACAAAUGAUCAUAUGAAUCGUUGCACAACGAAACAUUUGGAGGGGAACUUGGAAAUUCCUAAGAGUUGGGCAUCAUCCCAAAAUAUCAUCCAGUUGCAUAUGAAGUUCUACUCCUUAACACUUGGGAUGGUGAACCAUUUGCGUUUUGGUAGAGAAAUUGAUCUACCCAUGCAACUCUCUGAUGAACAGAUGGAUGCAUUUUUAUCUUCCAAAAGUUCAUUCAUAAUUGGACGAUUAGGAACUGGAAAAACCACUAUCUUGACGAUGAAGCUGUUACAAAAUGAGCAGUCUUUUCAUGCUAUUUGUAAAGCAGAGAGCAGCCGAGUUAAAGAUGCUGAAGUUGUUGAUGAUCAUGAAGAAAGCAAACCGAUUGUUUUGCGACAGCUUUUUGUGACAGUUGACCAAAAAUCAUGCUAUAUGGUGAAGCAACAUGUUUCCCAACUUAAAAGUGUUCCAUGUGAUGGGAAUUCAUCAAGAGAGAUUAAUCUUGAUGAUGUGGAUAUAACAUCAGAAUCCGAUGUGCCAGACACAUUCAUUGAUGUCCCUGAGAAAAGAUAUCCUCUUGUGAUAACAUUUCAUAAGUUUCUCAUGAUGUUGGAUGGAACAUUGGGUGAUUCGUUCUUUGAAAGAUUUCAUGAAGCAAGAGAAGGCUCUCAUGGUAACCAUAUAAGUUCAAGAUCUGUUGCAUUGCAAACUUUUAUAAGAUCAAGAAACGUUACAUUUGACAGAUUUUGUUCGCUUUACUGGCCCCACUUUGAUUCAAAUUUAAAAAAGAAGCUUGAUCCUUCAAGAGUGUUCACCGAAAUGGUUUAUCAUAUAAAAGGAGGAGAAAUUCCUGAUGGAAAACUGACUUAUGAAGGCUACUCUUUAUUGUCUGAAGGUUGUGCAUCCACUUUAACAAAACAAAAAAGAGAGAAUGUUAACACCCUCUUUCAAACCUAUGAAAAGAUGAAAACUGAACGUAGGGAAUUUGAUUUGGGAGAUUUAGUAAAUGAUCUUCAUCAUCGACUUAAAACCAAGAGUUAUGAAGGUGACCAAAUGGACUUUAUUUACAUUGAUGAAGUGCAAGAUCUUAGUAUGAGGCAAAUUUCUCUUUUCAAAUAUAUUUGCCAAAAUGUUGAUGAAGGAUUUAGUUUUGCGGGUGAUAUUGCGCAAAACAUUGCAAGAGGGAUUGAUUUUAGGCUUGAAGAUAUACGAUCUAUGCUCUAUACCGAGUUUUUAGGAACCCGAACAUCUGGAAAACAAGAGAAAAUUGAUAUGUUUGAGAUCUUUCAACUGAAACAGAACUCCAGAACUCAUGCUGGUGUGCUCAAAUUAGCUCAGAGUGUCAUUGACAUUCUAUACUGUUACUUUGCUCACUCAAUUGACAUUUUGGAGCCUGAGUCAACACUUUUUUAUGGGGAGGCUCCUGUUUUGCUCAAUUCUGGCAAUGAUAAAAACGCUAUUGUGAAAAUCAUUGGUGGCACAAGAACAAGUAAAGGAUUUGUUGGCUUUGGUGCUGAACAGGUGAUAUUGGUACGUGAUAAUUAUGUGAAGGCUGAGAUUUGUGAAUAUGUUGGAAAGCGUGCUCUUGUUUUGACCAUAGAAGAGUGCAAGGGUCUUGAGUUUCAGGAUGUGUUGCUCUACAACUUUUUUGGGUCAUCUCCUUUGAAAGACCAGUGGAGUGUUAUAUAUGAUUACAUGAAGGAACAAGAUUUGCUUACUGAGGACCUUCCUCACUCAUUCCCGAGCUUCAAGGAUUCAAGACAUAAUGUAUUGUGUUCUGAAUUGAAACAGUUGUAUGUUGCUAUAACUAGGACGAGGCAAAGGCUUUGGAUAUGUGAGAAGAAUGAGGAGCUAUCUAAGCCAAUGUUUGAUUACUGGAAAGGGAGGUGCCUUGUUAAAGUAAGGAAGCUGAAUGAUUCAGUAGCACGGGCAAUGCAAUGUGGAAGCAGCCCUCAGGAGUGGCUGGAGUGUGGUAAAAAGCUUUUCUAUGAGAAUGUUUUUGUGAUGGCUACAAUGUGCUUCGAAAAAGCUGGAGAUUCGAUGUGGGAGACAAUGGCCAAGGCUUCUGAACUCAGAGCAUCUGCUGACCAGAUGUGUGAAAUAAAUCCCGAAGCUGCUUCAUGUCAUCUUAGAGAAGCAGGUGAAAUGUUCGAGUCCAUUGGGAAACUGGAGCUAGCAGCUACUUGUUAUUCUGAUUUGGGAGACCAUGAAAGAGCUGGAAAAUUUUAUUUGGAUAAGUGUGGGGACAUUAAUGCAGCAGCAGAGUGUUUCUUGUUAGCAGGAUGUUAUAGUGAUGCAGCAGAAGCUUAUGCCAAGGGAGAUCAGUUUUCUAACUGUCUGUCAGUUUGCAGAAAAGGGGAACUUUUUGAUACAGGUUUCCAGUGUAUAGAAUAUUGGAAAGAGCAUGUUCAUGUUCGAAGUAAAGAAAUAGAACAAAUCGAGCAAGAUUUUCUGGAGAGUUGUGCUCUUAGUUACUACGAGCGCAAAGACAGUAACUCCAUGAUGAAAUUUGUCAGAGCUUUUUCUUGUAUGGAAUCAAAACGUGUUUUCUUGAGGUGGUUAGGCUGCCUUAAAGAUCUUUUGCUGUUGGAAGAAGAGUCAGGACAUUUUCUGGAUGCUGCUGAGCUUGCAGGGUCAUGGGGUGAUGUUCUGAAAGAGGCUGGUCUUUUGGAGAAGGCUGCUCAUUUUAAGGAAGCAACAUUGCUCAUACUUUGUUAUGUGUUCUCUAACUCCUUAUGGGGAACUGGAAACACAGGUUGGCCAUUGAUCCCAUUUGCUCAGAAGAAAUCACUUUGUAAGAAAGCAAAGUUACUUGCAAAAAUGGAUUCGGAUACAUUUUUUAGUUUUGUUUGUAGUGAGGUUAAAGUACUCUCUAAUCACCAGAGCUGCUUGUCUGAGCUGAAGAAGCAUUUACAUGCUUCCCAGCAACACAAGAGUCUGAGGGGAGUAUUCUUAUCGAUUAGAAAGAUUUUGGAUGCUCAUCUCCAGUUGAAUAUUUUAAAGUAUGACUGGGAGGAUGUGUUACCAACUGAUAUUAGUAAGUAUGUAGAGGACAAGAUCUCUCAGAAUCAAGUUUCUGUUAGAACUCUGGUUUUUUAUUUUAAUCUCUGGAAGAACAACGUACUGGAUAUCUUCCAGAGUCUUGGAGGACUUGAGAAUGCAGAACCAAAUGAGCAUGAAGGUCAUAUUGAUUUCUGUUUAAAUUAUUUUGGUGUGAGGAAACAAUAUGUUAAAGGAAACAUUGUUUACUUGUUAGUCAACAAGGAUUUUGAUUGGGUAAGAAAUGUUAGUGAUAACAAGGGGUUUCAUAGGGAUGGAGAAAUUCUAAUUUUAGAUGGCAAGCAGUUGGGGCUUGCUAUUCGGUCAUAUUGGCAGUCAGUUUUACUUUCAGUGGGUGUAAAGGUGCUUGAAACUCUUCAAUCUCUCUAUAAUUUGACUCUAAACGGUUCUUCAUUUCACCAAAGCACAUCUCUUCUUCACAUUUUUGAGGUGUCCAAGUUUCUUUUAGAUUGUCAAGAUCUUAACCUCACAGUUGAUGAUAUGAAGAUUUUGCAAGUUUUUCUUGGAAGCUCUAUGAUAUAUUUUGACUAUGUGUUUCCGUUAGACUGGCGAAAAUCAGUCUCUAGGAACUUGAUUGCCUUAAGGGAGAGUGAUCUUUCAAUGAACUUGCUGGAGGAAGUUAUUCUUCAGCACCUCAACAUUGAAAGUGACCUCACCUAUUGGACAACUGGGAGAGUGAUGAUGAUAUGUCUUAGUUCCAAAAAAUCUGUUGCAGUUAAGGAGAAGAUUAUUAGGGAUCUUCAAUGGAAUCCCUUAUGGAAGUCAUUUGCUGAGAAAUUUACGGAAGAUGGCUUCAAUGAGGUUUAUGUUGCUCUAACACUCCAGAAUGCUCUGGAAGAUACUUAUAGAGCUUACUGGUGGUUUCCUGGUUACAUGUCACCUCACAGUUUUGUGUAUCUCAUGGAUCGUCUUCUUUUCAUGGCAUCUUUCUCGUUAGGAGUCUUUUUCACUACAAAAUCUUCUUUUGUUGAAUGGUAUACUCAUUUUCACAUGAUGUCUACUCCAGAUUUAAAACAGAUAUUUUCGAAGGAUAUCGCACACUUUCUUGUUGGAAUAGUUCAGCACAUUCUCUACAAGAAAGAGGAAACCAUAUCAUGGAUUGGACGAUCUAACAUUGUUGCCACUUAUUACCAUCCACUGAUAGCAUUGAAGUUGGUUAUGAUAGUCUCUUUAAUUUCUUUGCAAUUAUCAGAUUGUUCCCAAGUAGUAUUUGAUUUGCUGUUGGGGUGGAACAACAUUGCUUAUUUGCUUCCCAAGAAGUUUGUAGGUGAUCUUAUAAGGAGAAGGAACGGUUGUAACUUGAAUUUAAAUCCAGAUAUGGUUGCAGAAGCAUUUGCAAGCAUAGAAGAUCCUCUUCUAAUUGUGAGUUCGGGAAAUGCAACUCCAAGAGUUCAUGCUCCAUGUGCAAUAUUUGUGGACCUUAAGAGACCUAGAGAAGAGAUCAUGAGUGUAUUGUUCCCAGGUGAAACUACACUUCAUCCCCAGAAAGACAAAGCUACAAUGAUAACUGAGGCGAAUCAUGUUGAGGAAACUAGCGAUGAACAUAGCAAUGUUGACCAUUCACUGGUGGAAUUGGAGGUAGAAAGUCAAAGCAGCAACGGUAACACUCAGGAUUCAGGAAACAAAACAAGGAUGGGAAAUAGCAGCAGAAGGAAGAAGAGUAAAAAAAACAGAGGUAGCAACACUCAAAAUACAUUAGCUACUGUUUUUUUGGAUGAACAACCUUGUGCCAGAGAAAGUACCACUCAACCUGAAGCAAAAAACUCAUGGGAUGACCUUACAACUCUACUUGAAAGAAACAACUCAUGGGGUGACCUUACAACUUCACCUGAAGCAAAAAACUCAUGGGAUGACCUUACAACUCUACAGGAAGGAAACAACUCAUGUGGUGACCUGAAGCAGGCUUCUUAUGCAUCUAAUAUGAGUCGACCCAAAGUGGAGCUUCCAGAUUCUACUAGUGGAAUAAGAACUGGUGUCCAAACAACUGUGGAGAGGCUGCAAAGUAACAAGAGAAUGGUAGAUGCUUUCUCUAGCCAGUCUGUCAUUGGUCAGGAAUGGAAGGAUGUUAAAAAGGUGGGUUCAGAGGAGAAAUGUGUGGAGGAAGCUGAUGAUCAACACAGCAUUAAUGUUGGUCAAUUACUGCUGGAAUCGGUGUUAGAAAACAAAACCAAUGAUGAUAGCACUCAGAAUGCGGAAAUCAAGAAAGGGAAUGGAAAGAACAAGGGGAAGCGGAUUAAGAAGAACAAAGAAAAACAAACUAGCAAUGAGAAGUCGAAGGAUGUUGAAUUUAAGGAAGGGAAGGGUAAGAACAUGGAGAAAUGGAUUACAAAGAACAAAGUUAGCAAUAGUGUAAAUACAGUUAAUGGUGAUGGCAAUUGCAAUGAUCAUCCACUGAUGCUAGAAAAACAAACCAGCAGUGAGAACACUCAGGAUGCAGAAAUCAAGAAAGGGAAGGUGAAGAGUAAAUUGAAGAAAGGCAGCAACAGUCUAACUACAUUUACCACUGUUCUUGUGGAUGGACAACACUGUGCUGGAAAAGAUACAACUCUACAGGAAGCAAACAUCACAUUCAAUGACCUGAAACAACCUUCUUUUGCAUUCGAAACAAGUCAACCCGAAGCAGAUCUUUUAAUUUCUAAGAGUGGUGAAACUACUGUGCAAACAUUUGUGGAGAAGAUGCAAAGUAGCAGGCCAAUGGCAGAUGGUUUCUUUAGCUAUGUGGGUUCAGAGAGCAGCAACAUAACCAAGGCUCUUCAGGUGGAGAAUCAUGUGGAGGAAACUGAGCAUGAUGAACUCAGCAUUGGUGAUCAUUCACCUCUGGAAUUGUGGUUAGAAAGCCAAAGCACCAAUGAUACAACUCAGGAUAUGGAAAACAAGAAAAGGAAGGGAAAAUAUGUUAUUGAAGAAGAUACAACUAUGUGUGAAGAAAAUAGUGCAUACAACGACCAGGAGCCUUCUUCUCCUUUUGAUAGGAGGAUAAAUACAUUGGACACAGUGAAAUGCGGUAGCUUUCUAGGUUUAGCAGUAGCAUUCUUGGGAAUUUGCAUGUGGAGGAAAACUUGAUUAAAUGGUAAUGAUGCUUCUUAAGGUAUUUCGCAAACUUCAUAUAUAUAAGUAAAAAACGAAGAAAGAGAAUUAGAGAAAAGAGACCUCAUUCUCCUCUCUAGGAACUUCUCUAGGAACUGAAGGGGUGCUUUGCAUAUGAUAAAAUGGCAUCAGGUGCAUUCAAGCCAAAGGAAGAGCAGAGAAUUUGAUUAUCAACUUCAUCAAAUCACUUCUUUCCUGGUUUGAUUUUUAUGUUUUCAUGUAUAUGAAGCAUAGUUUGAUUUAGAUAUUUUGAUUUGACAAUGAUAACUAAUUUCCACUAGCUACUUGGCCUAAGUUGUAUGGGCACUAUAAGUUUUACGAAUGUGCAUGUGCUUAGUCUUGUCUCACUUAUGCCUCAUUCCCGAGUCUCAUUUAAGGAGGGAAGGGGAGGUAAGUGGAAGGAAUCGGGGGAAAGGCUGAUAAAAUCUUGUUCCCGAG